AUGGCUCGCGAGCUCCGCUCUGCCCUCCGCUCUGCCUCGGUUGGCUCGCUCACGGUCCUUCCGCUCGACAACGUGCAGGGCCUCGAGUUUGAGGUCAUCUUCCUCCUCACCGACGGCAAGUCGGUCGACCGCCUCGCCCGCCUCGUCCACCAGCCGCGCCGGAUGAACACUGCCAUUUCGCGGGCCCGCAACCUCGUUGUCACCGUCGGCCACGUUCCCGACAUCCUCGAGGACCCGGCGUGGCACAUGUACGGCCACACCUGCGCCUUUGGCGCAGACACUUUUUCGCGGUUCCUCUCCAUGAUGGCCAUGCGCGCCGUCCUGCCGGCCGCGCCGGGCAAGAUCGCCGCCCUCCUCGACACCCUCGAAUCGACCAUCGACUCUCUUCAGAUCUUUGCCCAGGACGCCGAGUGGUCCACCACCUUUUUCGCGCCCGCCAAGGCGCUCGCCGCCUCGCUUCCCUUUGUCCAGGAGAUCCUCGCUGUCGAGCUUGCUGCCGUCGACGCCGCCAAGGCCAAGCAGUCGACGGCAGAGCCGGCGCUCUCGUUUGCCAAGACCUUUAAGGCGCCCGCAGAACUCGGAUUUGUCCCGCCGUCGCCCACCGCCUCGCCGUCGCCCUUCCCUCAGCUUCGUGCCUCGGCAGACUCGCACGCCCACGCCGAGUACGACGCAGCCCAAGCGCGUUCCCGUUCUGCCGCCCAGGCCCAGGCCCAGGCCCAGGCCGUCUCCAAGGUCGCGCAGGCCGCGCAGUCGGACGCACCGGCUCCGGCACCACAGGCAAAGGCCAGCACACCGACCGGCGGCCCACCUGGAUUUGACGCGGCCCCAGCGCCGCAGGCCUCGCCGUCGCCCAGGCCGGCCCCGAUGGACACGGCGCCCAAGCAGCUGCCGGCGACCGUCGCCGCCAUCAUCGGCCCGCUCAUCACCGAGUACUGCGGCGCGCUCGAGAUGGAACCGAUUGCGCUUGUGGCGCCCGAGGCGCAGACCUUUACCGCCGCUGCUCUCGACGAGGCCGUGACAGCCUCUGCACCGACGCCGCAGGACGAGCUCAAGCGGAGGCUCGAGACAACCGCGGCGCGUUUCUCGGCGCCGGGCGCCUCGGUCCCGCCGCGGUGCUUCACCCUCACCGAGCCGCAUGCCCGCGACCCUCAGGUAGCGCUCACCCUCACCGGCCUCCAGCAGGAUGGGCAAGGCAACGUCUCGCGGGUCCGCAUCGGAGUCCACGUCGCCGACCUGGCAGCCCGGCUCCGAGCUGGCGGCGAGCUCGAGGCUGCCAUCCUUGCCCGCGACCAGACGCUGCACAUCAACCUGCCUGACGGCUCCAAGGUCCGCCGCGCGCUCUUUCCGUCGAUUCUGGAGAAGACCGCGGCGCUUGCCGCCGACGGCACGCCCAAGCUCACCGUCUCGCUCGCGCUUGACAUUGCCAUGGAGCCAGCAACCGGCAAGUGGGCUGUGGCCUCGUCGGCCUUUGUCGAGACCGCGUGGCUCAUUGAUGAGAAUGUGACGUUUGCCGCCGCCGAGUCUUCGCCGCUCUUUGAGCUGCUCUUUGCUAUGACCGACGAUCUGCGCGCGGCGCGGUGUGGCGGCAAGGGAACGACUCGACCGGAGUAUGCCAUCGAAUACCUUCGCGCGGCACACCCGCCGCAGCCGGUGGUUCGCAAUCGGACCGCGUCGCGGGCGCGGAGUGCGCUCGACGAGCUUUGCAUCACCUACGCCUCGCUCGCGGGGGCGGCGCUCAAGGCCUCGGCGACCGAGGAUUGCCCUGUUCUGCUCGCAGCCGAGCCGGCGCCGAGCGUGCAGACCAUGGAGGCGCUGGAGCGGACGCUCGAGCGGCUCGGCGGCGAUGCGGCCGACGUGACGUCGGCCGUCCGCAAGCUCCGCGAGUGGCACACCGCCGACGACACGCCGUCGUCGCCCGGCGCCAAGUACGCAGUGCGUGGCGCCAAGAAGCAGAGCCGCGGAAAGAAGCAGCGCGGCAAGUCACUCGUCUGGCACGACCAGACGCCGACAGCGGCAGACGCCAAGCCGCCGGCUGCUCUCGGUGCGCUUACGUCGCAGACGCUGCGCGAAGCGGUCGAGGCCGCGCUCGGCCGCGGCCGGACGAGGUACCUUGCGGUGACCAAGAGCAACACCGCGACGCCGCACGUUUUCCACGGCGUCGCCGCCUUUGCACCGGUCACGUCGCCGCUCCGCUCGGCCGCACACGUUCUCGCCCAGCAGCGGCUCAAGGCCGCGGUCAUCGGCUCGAGCGUUGCGGUCACCGUCGGAGUCAAGGAUAUCGUCCAGGAGCUCUCGACCAAGGCCGCCAACUGCGGGCGGGCGUCGAUCAAGCUCGAGCGCGCGCUGUUCCUCGCUUCGCUCCAGGCCGCGCCGCUGACCGCGCGCGGUAUGGUAGUGGAGAUUCUGCGGUCGGGCGCGAUGCCGACCGGUGUCCGGCUCUUUGUGCCCGAGCUGGCAUGGGCGUGGCCCGGCGGCCGCGGCGCGCUGCCGGGCAUUGUUGUUCCUCUUGGCGCGCUCGGCUCGGUUGUCUCGACUUCGUCGUACGCGCGGGCGUCGUCCAAGUCGGCACCCGAGGUGGUCAUUGCACAGGAGACCGCCGACGGCAAGAACUCACUUGCGCUUGUUCCGUUUACCACCGAGGUGUGCGUCCUUGUUGGCGCGCGACCGGUGGGCGACAGCGGCAAGCUCAGCCCUGCGCUCCUUACCGCAUGGCUUGGGACGAAGCCGAGCGGCCCGGGCUGCUGCGUGGCACACACCACGUCACCGCGGGCUUGGCUCGACGCCAACGACCCGCUCGACACGAGCGCCGGGCCGUCUUCCAGCAGCGACGUAGGCGGCGGCGCAGUGGCCACCAGCACUGUGCCUGGUGCCGAGGUCCACGCGCUCAAGGCUGGCAUUGUGUGCACCGGCAUGGCGGUGUACACGGCGUCGUCGUCGGCGCCACCUGGGCUGGAGACGACUGGGCGCUCCAAGCUCUUUACCGAUGCAACGGUCACGUGGCGCAACGAUGGAUGCGGCGUGGUCGAGCUCCCGAUGUGGACGGUUCAGCCACGGCCGGUCGCUAGGCAGCUGUUUGCCUGCGUCCGGUCUGCGUCCGGCUCGGCGCACUGCGCCGUGUCACGGAUCCGACCCCUGCCGGACGCGCCCGAAACCAUGGAGCUCACCCUGCAACCGCUGGCGGACGCAGCUUCGGGCGUGUUUUCGGCGCGGCUGCUGGCGGUCGCCGCUGUCGAGCUCUUUGUCCUCCCCGCUGUCUACGCCUCACAGCUGGAGAUUCUUGAGGCGGCGACGGCUGUGGGCGAGGGCGCGGUCGAGCGCAACUCGCGGCCGCCUGCGCUCUCAGCACUGAUGAGCACCCCGUCACCGGUGCGGACACCGGCCAAGCUGCGGACUACGUUCAAGGCGCCGAGCUUUGUCAUCGGUGACACCGAGAAUGUGCCCGGCGGCCUGCUUGUUCUCCCGUCGUCGCUGCCCGAGGCGGCGCGGGCAUUGGUGGGCGCGGGCGAGGUCAUGGUGGUCACCUCGAUGCACGCACGGUCACUUGCGUCGGCCGAGGACGUGCUCAACAGGGCCGGGGUGCGGUACGUGCGUGCAGCGGCCGACGAGCAGCUCUGGCACGAGACUUCGGGCCUGCACCGGAUGUUGCGGCUGCGGGCGCGGGUCAACGGUGAGCUAGUGCCGGCCAUCAGCGAGCUGGUCGACCUGACGGCACCCGAAGCGCGGUCGGAGAACCACCUCGACCUCCUGGUGUACAACGAUGCCAAGGUCGGCGGCGCGCUGCGCGAGCUCGAGGCCAGCGCCCGGUCGGCCUCGCGCGAGCAGGCCGAGAAGCUGGUCAAGGAGUACUUUGGACUCUGGCAGGCAGCCGCCCACCGCAUUCUUACCCGGUCGGUGCUCGUGGCGCCGACGGCCGCGUUUGCGCGCGGCCGCCUCCUCGCGGGCCUCCGGCCGGCUGUCACCGCCGUUGCCAUCCCUGCCUCGGUCUCGACCGAAGCCGCGCUCACUACCGAGCUCAUUGUGCCGGCGGCGCGGACUCGGAACCGAGUCCUUGUUUACCGCCGCUGAACAGGCGUGUGGAAAGUAAACAGAUGCGUGAAAAACAA